AUGAUCUUGGAGAUGGACGAGGAAAUGCCACAGGACUACUACCCCGAUGAAAAGCCAGACAACCCGCAACGAUCAUCUCCGUGGGACGACGUCAUACCACCAGACUUUUACCCCGAUGAGAAGCGAGGCAACAUCCAACGGUUUCCUCGUCCGUAUGACGACGCAAUACCGCAGGACAGCUACCCCCACGAGAAGCAGGACAAUUUCCAUAGAUUGCCUGCCCCGUAUGAUGAUGCUAUACCACAGGACGGUGACGACGAGUCUUUACCCGAAUAUAAUCCCUACCAGACGAAGCAAGAAGAAGAGCAACAAACGUUCCAUCAGCAGCCCACCACUACCUCUACGCCAGCUUGUACAGGGAUGCAGAACGUGACGAGCAGCUAUGACCUUGACUAUUACCUGAACCCCAGGGAUAGUCACAAUUUCGUCACGCAAAAGUCGAGAUCAUUUACACCACCUCUACCUCCUCCGUUACCAGCAAAGUCCGUUAACCAGUACGAAUACAACAGUGACGAAGACCCUAGUGACGAGGAACCGAGCUAUCAGAACCCGAGAUAUCAAGACCAGAGCUACGAGAACCCAAGCAACGAGGAUCCGAGUUAUGAUAACCUGAGUUACGAGAACCCGAAUUACGAGGACCCCAGCUACGAGGAACCGAGCCCUGUUUCCGAAUGGGCACGUGGAGAAGAAGAAUAUGGAGGAUUGAAAGAAGAAGAUGUAUGGGAAGAAGAAUAUGCAGAGGAAGAACAACAACAACAAGAAGGGGGGACAGAAUAUCGACAAUACCCGCGAAUCGUGUCGGGGAUUUCCUCCCUAGAAUACUAUUCAGAGGCUCUACGGCCUGUAUCAGCUGUUUCUACUUUGACUUCUCAUUAUUCUCAUUAUCCUCAGGAAUCUUAUGAGGAACGGAUAAGCAAGAGGUGGACUCCCAUUUCCGAAGUGAGACCACCGCAGAAGUGGGGGAAUGAGAGAUACAAGACCGUCGAGCAGGGGGAUGACAAGCCGGCGGAAUAUGGCUGGUUGUAG